AUGACCAACACACCCACCAAAUCGGGUCUGACGACUCGCGCGCCUAUGCCGGCAUUCGGAACCUUUGGCACGCAUCAAGCAUCUGCAUCGCUCUUACUCCAGAAAUCAAAUCCGGGCUUGGGCAGAUCGACCCCCGAUUCUGAGGCUCUGGCUUCCUCAGACGACGAGCCUGACCACGCAAAGGCUGCCGCUAGUGGCAACGUCAAGCCCAAUAGAAACGUGCGAAGGACCUCAUGGCUCAACGACGUCUCGUCGGCCAAUGCGAAUCGCAAACCCUCCAUCACUGGUCCCUAUAGUCCGUCCACGUCGCAUCCGGGAACCCCUGGUGCAGAGCCGUCGCCCUGGGGGAAUGCCAAUAACGCUGCAGGUUCCGCAGCAUGGCCCAACCCCACGACAUCGUAUCCUUGGCCCACCAUCUGGAGUCAGGAUGGUCGCAAAGACCCACCGGCCCGACUCCAGGAGGUCCUGCACACGAAUGGUGACGGCGGCAUCCCAUUCUCGAUUCCUCUGCAGCCGACCCCCAAGACUUACCGCUCACAGUCAUACUCUGUGGGCCAACUCGACACGACCAGUGCUCCGCCGGCUAAUCCGAUAUCAACUUCGAUUGAAGCCACGCGCAGCAGGCUCGGCAAUCAAUAUCAAUUGCAGAGACGAACGUCCAGGACAAGCGGACUGGGCGUGUUGGAGUCCGGUGGGCUUGGCCGCUUGCGAGAGGUAGAAGAUGACGAAGAAGAUCAGCAAGGCCAUGCCACUCCCGAUGCUAUUAGUGCUGAACAGGCGCGAAUGAUCGAGAGGCUGGAAAAGGAGAACGCUCAGCUUCGGCAUGCUGCUCAAAGCCGAGAGAGGGCUUUCCCAGCGACGACCGCCACCACGGCCCCGGUCCAGCCUCCUGGAUUUCGAAACACGAGACUUCGAACCGCUGUACCCGAAGAAGCCGAAACCGCGAUCGAUGAUAGAGAAGACCUCACCGGAUUUCCUGGUCGUGACAACAACGCCCGUCGCAUGAGUGAACAAGCGCUCGGAGUCGCCGAAAGACAGUCGCUGUCGCCCAUCGAAAAUCGUACCUUUGACGGAAUCAAGAAGGCACACUGGCAGACUUCCCUUGGAUUCGGUCCCAUUCCAGAAGCGCCCCAGAGUCGUCGACAUUCGUUCGCUGAUGUGCCAACCCGCCACGGAUCCUUCAGCUCGAACGGUGAGCACACGCUGCAAAUGUUGCUUUUACAAUUCCCCGGGGCUAAUUGGUUAGGUCGCGAAGACGAUGCGACGGCGUAUGAAAGCGGAUCCCAGGCACUAUCCCAAGGAGAUGAUCGUAAGUUGGCCCUGGCCCUAGCUCUAGCCCUGAUGAAUCCGAACGAGGAUCAGAUGAAUAAUACGUACUUACGUGAUCGCCACUUUGCAGCUGCGUACUUCAACACCACCGAGUCCACUCGACGUGCUGCGGACGCCCGAGUCCACCAGCACCACCGCGAUCCCCAACUUUACGGACAGCAUCUCGGUGUUGGACCGUACCUCGAGCCCGCCGCACAGCCGCUCUUCAUCGUCAACUUCAAAUGUUGUCGCUCGGAUGUCUUCUACAUCCAAGAGGGAACCGGCCUCCAUGUCAAUGUCGGUGACCUUGUCAUUGUUGAGGCAGAUCGAGGCACUGAUCUUGGCACCGUUCAACAUACAAAUGUAACUUGGGAAGACGCUCGACGGUAUAAAGAAUAUUAUGCCGAGGAACAUUAUAAAUGGUUGAUGAUGUUCUCCUUGCAAAGUCGAAACGGUGGACCCAACGUCGUCAAUCCCAACGGCAUCCCCGGUAGACAUGGCAGCGCAGUGGGAGGAAUGGGCCCCCAAGGUCAUCAUGGUCCUCACGACUCUGGCCCCGAUCUCAAGCCAAAGAUGAUCAAGCGUUUGGCCCAGAACCACGAAAUUCAAGCACUGAAGGACAAAGAAGGCAAUGAGGCUAAAGCCAAGCGGGUCUGUCAGCAAAAAGUUCUCGAGCACCGAUUGAAUAUGGAGAUUCUUGAUGCCGAGUUUCAGAUGGACAGCAAGAAGCUCACAUUUUACUACUUUGCUGACAACUACAUCAAUUUCAAUCAUCUGGUCACCGACCUCUUCAAGAUCUACAAGACUCGGAUCUGGAUGUCUGCCAUCAAUCCUGCGUCUUUCCAGACUCCCACCGCUUCGCUUGGCAUCCAGCCUGUCUAUAGCACAGCUCCCGGUGACGAGCGCCAUCGGAGACGGCAGCAACAGGCACAGCAACCCCAUAACCUCGGUCACCAGGCCGUUACCACGCCGUUCGGAGACACGUUCGACGCAGAUCGAAACUUCAACCACCAGAAUCAGGGAAUGCGCAAUGCUUUCUAUAAUCAAUUCCAGGACGUUGGGGCUGGACCUCAACAAAUGCAACCGGGGGUAUCACCGUUUGCUCCGAACAUGCAAGGCCAAAUGGAUCCGUUCAUGUCCUUUUACGGUCAACCGUUUCCCACCCUCAAUCCUAAUGCCCCUAAUUUCGCCAGCAGCCGGCCGGACUUUAGAGGAAGAGCACCAAACCAACCCGGUGAUGUCAACUGGAUGGGACGAUUCCAAGGUCUCUCGCUCGGUUCUUAA